AGCCACACGCCUGCCGGGGCCGGCAGGUCCUGCCGUGGGGUGUUCAUUCCUGCAGCGGAGCAGCGCUGGGCGGUCCCCUGCAGGGCCUGCGACCAGGAACAUGCAGUGCCAAGUGUGUCACUUCGCUUCUGGGGAUGGUCUGCCCGGUUCUUGCAGCAAGUGUGGGGCCAGGCUGGCUCCCGGCACCGUCCCUGGGGACCAGGACCCAGAGAGAAGAGAGGUGCAGCUCUCUCCAGUCCCUGAUGCAGGAUCAGAGGUGAAGGGAGAAGGUGCUGCCAGGCCUUCUUCCACCACUGAAAAAAAGGAGGCAGAGGGAGAAUUGCUGAUGGAUAAUGCAAGGGCUCUGAUCAACCCCUCAGACACCACACCUGAAUGCUCUGCAGGUGGGGCUCCUCCCCCUGCUGAAACACAGGAGGGGGAAGAGGGAUCCUCGCUGCUGGAGGAUGUGACAGCUCCAAGUGACAGCUCACAGCCCACGGCUCAGUGCGGGGCUGGUGACUCUGCUCGGACAUCACAGAGGAAGAAAAAGAAGAGGAAUAAAGUAAAGAAAUGUCCUUCUAGCUCCGGGGAACAGGACUCUCUGCCGCCUCUAAGCACAGCCCCAGCUCAAACCACAGAAUUGCCUGAUACGUGUGUUUUUCCACAAGAAAUCCAACCCCCCGGCAGUGAGGCAGCAAAACCUGGUGCUGAUGUACUUGCUGGUGCCAGUGGAGGCACAGCUGAAGGCAAUGGGGCGUUGGCUCAGCCGGGGAAGGAACCUGCCAGCCUGGAAGCAGAUGUGCUGACCCCACCAAAGCAGAGCAGCACCGCCAGCGAGGCUGCCCCAGCUCCCAGCUCUGCAGCCCCAAGGGACAGUCUGGGGGAUGAAAGAACCACAGAGCAUGGAGAAACCAUCAGGGCUAACGUGGAACAGGGCAGUCGUGCCCCUGGCCAGCUUCCAGAAACCAGAGCAGGUUCCCAGUCCCAGGGCAGCAGUAAGAACGUGGCCUCAGCAGAGCAGGGAGCAAGUGCUGCCCCUGGGCUGCCUCCUGCCCAGGAGCCCAAAAGGAAACCAGACACAAAGUCCUCACCUGUGGCCCAGAGCCCACAGGCUGGGAAGAACAAACAGGACCCCAGACAGAAAGGGAACACUGGCAAGGUGGGAGAGAACUCUCCGAAUGAAAACACAAAGCAGAAAAAUAAGAGCACAAGUAAGGAAAUGCCUCAAGUGAGUGAGAAGAGCAGUCCCACCAAGGGAGCUGAGGCUGCCAGAAAGGAUGGUGCUGGUGCUGCAGCUGCAGCAGACACUUGCAAGAACAAAAAGGAGCAAAGCAACCAGAAACGUGUGGAAAAGAUUAAGGAAAGCCCCGUGAGCCGGGAGGGGGGUGUUACAGUGUAUUUCCAUGCAAUAUUAUCCAAAGACUUCGGACUGAACCCCGAGGCCCAUAAAGUGUUCAUCAGAGCUGAGGGUGUUUCUCCCUAUGCAAACUGGAAGGACAACAUCUGUGAGAUGACCUGCACCAAGAAUCUGGGAGAGCAUGGAUACCUCAUUGAAGGCACUGUAACCCUCAGGAAAGAGAUCCUGGAUAAACGCAUUCCUUACAAGUACUGGGUGACCUGUGACAAUGGGCAAUACGAGUUCAUUUACAAGCCUCCAGUAGCUAAAUUUGUGAAUCGCUGCUUAUGGAUAAGAAGCACCUGGCUCAACAAUGGAGAGUGGCACCAGUACGAUGACAUUGUGUGUGCAAGGCCUUCUAUGUUUAAAAAACUUCGGGAUACAUUUUUUGAUAAAAACAAAGAAGUGGUGGAAGGGAAGAAAAUAGCUGCCAAUGUUAUGUUAGAAAAUAUCUUCAGCAUUCUUGAAACCUGGAGUCCUGAAAACGUGAGGAACUUCCUCUUCCAGCUGAAACAGUUUUAUGAAGUGACAGUGGAUCAGCUGGUGCACGAUGACCGGGCAAUGCGAUGGGAAGCACUGAACUUUGGCACGGAGCAGGUGAAUGAUUUGUUGAUAAAUUAUAUGAAGAAAGAAGCAUUGCAGGGGGUCAUCAAAAGCAAACUGGCUCUGGGACUCACCAUCCUCGUGGUAGUUGAGAAUUUUUUCCUUCCAGCAUCUAAAGAUGACCUGGCUAGCCUGUGUAGCCUCUUGUGCUUGGAUAAGGUGUCACAACAAGCUGUACAGGAUGAGAUUGAUCACAUCAAAAAGGCUUUUGAAGGACUUGUCUGCUUGAAGGUUUUACUGGCAAGUUUCUGCCACAGAUGCAUUGAAGGUGGAGUAGACCAGUGGGUGUGGAUCCUUCCCCUUCUGCAUUCCUUUGCUGCUCCUGUGCAGCAGGAGCGCUUUCCAGUGGAGGAAGAAGUCUGGGCAGGGCUGGAAGGGCUUUCAUUUGCUGAAACAAGGAAGAAGCGAGAUCCAGCGACUCUGCUGCAACUAAUGGAGGAAAAGAAGUACCUGCUGGACUUUGAUCCCACGCUGGUGAGGUCCUGGCUCUGUGUGCUGCCUCUGAGGAGCCUGGCUGAGUUCAUAAGAGAUUUCCCCAGGGAUUUGUUGGUUACUCUGCAAGGUGUUUUCUACAGAUUAGAGGACGUUGACCUUUCGUGGAGUAACACUGAGUUAGAGAAUCUUCUAAAGACAGUGCUGUGUGCCUUGGAUGAGCCCCCAGCCAGAGCUCUGGAAGGUCGCUCUUGGCAGUCCUGCCUGACCUGCUGCAUCAAGCUGCACACGAGGCUCUGCAAGUCCACGAGGGAUGGGAGGUGGUUCUCGAUUCCUGCCACUGCUGCCAUGCUGAUUGCCAAGGUUGCCAAACUUCAGCCCGCAGCAGUUCCAAGAGAGGCUGUGCAGGAAAGUGCAGUGGGAGAAAUGUUCCGAGGAGCUCUGAGAGACACUCGAACCUGGUUCAGGAACACUCUGAGAGAGAGGCUACUGAAAGAGUCCCUGGAGCAUGUGAUGUUCUCUGUCCAUUGGGAACUUCGGGCCUGGAAUGGGUUUAUGAAGAUCAGCUUUCCAGAUGAGCAGUUCACCAAGACAUGGAAGAACACUUUACUUGAAGAUCUGAGGAAAAGAAUCCAGGAGGAGCCUCCAGUGAACCAAAUCUUGGUGUUCUGCUGUCAGAAAAAUCAGUUCACACAGCUGGACCCUUCCAUCGAGCGCUGCUUCCAGGACUGUGCCACAGAGGCUGUAACUGCAGCCUGCCAGACGGAGAGCAACCUCCUGGAGAAGAUCUCUGCCUACAGCCUGGACAGGUUCAGCCAGCUCGUGUCAACCAUCAUCGUGGAGUCCUGGCCCCUCAGGAGUGAGCACUCUGAGGGCAAUUUUGAUACGAUUCUGCACCACCUGCUUACGUGGCCUGACACCAAACAGAUCUUCAGCUUUAGUGGAAGAAACAGAAACCUCAUAGAAAAACUCACAGAUAAAGCCAAGGACAUCAUGCACACAGCAGACUUUGUGUUUGAGAGUGUCACUGAUGACAUCCAGAAAGGCUGCAUCCUUGUGAAGCAUCUGGAAGAGGUUUUCCAGCACGAGGAACAGUUCAUCUGUAUUUGGGAGACAAAGCACCAGCAACUGCCACGUGAAACAAAGGAAGUACUCCUGAGAAGCCUGAAAGAACUGCUGCAGAUGAGGCAAGAAGAGGUCACACUGCUCAGGAAAGAUCAAAAAGCAGUAGGAACCUUCCUGAGCAUGUGCAGGAAGGUGCAGGCAUCUGUGAAAGUGGAUGUAGGUGAAGUGGAAUCUCAACACUCGGAAGAUCUUCGCUUAAAAAGACUAAAUAAAGUUGUGAAUGUGGGAAAGAGACCCCUGCAGACCUACUACAGCUUGGGGCCAGAGCUGAAGGAAUUUGUCCAGAAAAUGCACUCUUUUAAGGACAGCCUGAUCUUCCAGCAGUUCUGGGAGGAAGCAGCACAGGAGACAGGAGACCAGUAUGAGUAUGAAUGGCCAGAAGAGGAGGAGGAGGAGGAGGAGGAGGAGGAUGCUGUGCCUGAACUGGACCUUGAUGAUGUUUUGACCAGUGUGAUCCGCCCUUGCUUUACCAGCUAUGAAACGCUGUAUAACGAUCUCAGAUCGGGAAGUCUCACACUUUCUGCAGUUGAUAAAAUUUUUCAGGAAUUCACAAAUCAUCCUGAAGAUCUCAGAACAGAGCUAAACACCAUCUGUGAGCUUCGACCUGGGGAAAGCAGAUCCUGGAUCGACCAGCGAGUUCGGCAGAUCCAGCAGUACCAUGAAAUGCAUUUAACUUUUGAUGCUGCAAAGAUCAUUGCCAAUGUCAAAGAGAACUUAAGCCUCUCUGGUGAUUUCAGUAUCCUGGAACACUUGCUGGAUAUAACAGAAAAACUCGAGUCCUCCAAGACCCAAAAGCUGGAUUCCAUCAGCCCUGAGCUUGUGCAGGCCAAGACGUGGCUGCAGGGGAUCACUGCGACCCGCCGUGGCUGCCUGAGGGAGCUGGCCCAGCAGAAGGACUUUGUCUGCUGGGUCAGGGAAGCACUGAAAGAUAUAAAUGAGCUGAAGGUGUUUGUGGACUUGGCUUCCAUCUCUGCUGGGGAGAAUGACAUGGAUGUGGACCGUGUGGCCUGUUUCCAUGACACUGUGCAUGGCUACUCCUCCCUGCUCUAUGAGCUUAGGCAAGAGUCAGGGUUUGAGGACUUCAUGCGCUGCUUGGAGAAGCUGUGGAGAGCCCUGGACAGUGAUGAGAAUCUCCCCAAGAAACUGCGUGCCUCAGCCCAGCACCUGGAGUGGCUGAAGACAGUGAAGGAGAGCCAUGGCUCUGUGGAGCUGUCCUCGCUCUCCCUGGCAGCUGCCAUCAACAGCAGAGGAGUCUAUGUCCUGAGAGCACCAGCUGAUGGCCAGAAGGUCUCCUUGGACACUGUCCUGUGCUUCACCCUCCCGGGGAGCUCGGGGGAGGACGAGGCCUCGCGGAAAUACUCCCUGGCAGAGCUCCGUGAGCUGCAGAACAAACUGAUGCUCAUGUCAGCAAAGGGAGAGCAAGGCCUGGAGGUGGAGAGGUUCUCUGAGGUCUUUUCCAACGUCCAGAGACUCGCACAGGCCUUUAUAGACCUUUAUUCAGCUGGGAACAUGCUUUUCCGCUCCUGGCUUGCCCAUGUGUAUUGUUCACCCAGAAGAGAAUCCUGUGUUCUUAUCGACUUCUCCCUGGGCCCCAUCCCGGUGCUGGAGGGGCAGGGGGAUAUGGCAGCUGUGCUCCCAGGCCUCUGCAAGACCAUGGAGAGUUUCCUGGAGAGCUGGAAGAGCUUCAUGUAUGAGAAACGGUUCCAGCACUUCUACCUGAACUACUACACUGCAGAGCAGCUGGUGUACCUGUGCACGGAGCUGGGGCAGGGCAGGCCCAGCCAGGCUGCCCUGACGAUGCUUUCCUUCCUGAACCGCGACUGCACCGAGCGGGACGCGCUCGCAGCCGCCGGGAGGGAGCUGCCUCCCAGCUCAGGGAAGACUAUUUCUGAUUUGCAAGUGCUGCUGGGCGGGGAGAAGGACCUGACGCUGCCUCCCAGCUCAGGGAAGACUAUUUCUGAUUUGCAAGUGCUGCUGGGCGGGGAGAAGGACCUGACUGCCCAGCUGAAGUGCAUCUGGGAGUGCUACAUGAGCAACACGGGCUCCUUCCUCCCCAGCUGCCUGGAUAUCGACUCGCUGGGAGUGUGGCUGGGGGACCUGGCCGGCCGUGGCAGGGACUGUGUCACCCGGGAGUUCCCUCAGGACCUGCUGUGUGUGGGCCAGCCCAACCUCAUCACCUGCCCUCGCUCCGAGGUGCUCAGCUCUGCACUGGCCAUCUACAUGAACAGCCCCGAGCAGCCCCUGCCCACCUUUGACGAGGUUCUCCUAUGCACCCCACAGACCACUGCUGAGCAGGUGGGGCUGUUCCUCAGGAGGUGCCUCAUUCCCUGCAGCAGAGGGGAGAAGAUUUACACCAUGCUGUACGCAGAUGAGCUGAGCUACGAUGUCAGCUGCAGAGCAGAGGAGCUGUUCCAGGACCUGCAGCGCUACAACAGCUCCUACCGCCUGGUCAUCCUGUGCGACUGCGAGCGGGAGCACAGCUACAUCCCCUCUGCCUUCAGCCAGUACAAAGUGCACAUGAUACCCCAGAGGCCACGGGCUGAAAUCCAGCAAUACCUGCAGCACCACUAUCGAGUGCCUCAGCCCUCGAGCUCGGCUGCUUCUGUGUUCAAGGGCAACAUGUGUGUUGGGAUUGUGUCCUCCAGAAGAGCUGGUGUGGGGAAAUCUCUCUAUGUGAAGAGGCUACAUGAGAGGCUGCAAGAAGAGCAGCCUGACUGUACAGAACUUCUGGAAACCAUCAGACUAAUUGAACCAGAAGUGGAUGAAGAUAAAGUGCUAAAAUCUCUCCUGCCUUUUCUGAAGAAAGAACACCAGACAAAACCCAUGAUAUUCCAUUUUGAUAUCACCUCCUCAGUGCAACGUGGAAUUCCAGAGUUUCUCUUCAAGCUGUUGGUUUUGCAGUACCUGACAGAUAAUAAUGGCAAUAUGUGGCUGCGACAGAAGUGUCAUCUGUAUGUCAUUGAAAUCCUCGAGGUGUCCCCAGUGCCAAAGAAAGCAGCCACACCUGUGUCAGCAAGCCAGAAGUACAAUUUCUUAGAUGUGUUCCCUAAAGUAACGUGUAAGUCUCCCAAAGAAGUACUAGAAAUGGAGACACUUGGAAAACAGUCUGGGGAUGUUUCAGACCCCGGAAUGGACAAGGAGGAAUUUUGCAGUGAGGCUUUCCAGAGACCUUUCCAGUAUCUGAAGAGGUUUGAUCAGGGGUGUGACCUGGACGUGUUCUGGUACGAAGCCCACUCGGUGGAGGGGAGCCCGGCGGAAUGUCUGCAGCUGUUCCUGCUGCACUGCGGGAUCGUGGAUCCCUCCUGGGCAGAGCUCCGCAACUUCGCCUGGUUCCUCAACAUUCAGCUGAGAGACUGUGAAGCUUCUGUCUUCUGCAACCCUGACUUUGUCCGGGACACUUUGAAAGGUUUCAAAAACUUUGUCGUUACCUUCAUGAUUUUAAUGGCGAGGGAUUUUGCGACGCCCUCCCUGAACAUUUCCGAUCAGAGCUCGGGAAGACAGUCCUCCCACCUGGAGAACGUGGCGGAGGAAGAUCUUCUUCCGUUCCGCAUUCGGAAGAGGUGGGAGUCGGAGCCUCACCCCUACUUGUUUUUCAAUGAAGAUCGUGUGUCCAUGACGUUCAUCGGGUUCCACUUCCAGCCGAACGGCCCUCAGGGUGUUGAUGCCAUCAACCCUCUGAACGGCAGCGUCAUCAAGCGGAACAUCAUGACUGCACAGCUGUACCAGGGCUUGUUACUGCAGAGGGUUCCCUUCAACGUGCCGUUCGAUCGGCUGCCUCGGCACGAGAAGCUCGAGAGGCUUUGCAUGGUAUUGGGGCUCUCCUGGGUGGUAGACCCUGACGAGACAUACGAGCUCACCACAGACAACGUGCUGAAGAUCUUGGCCAUUGAGAUGCGAUUCCGAUGCAACAUCCCGGUUGUCAUCAUGGGAGAGACGGGCUGUGGGAAAACCAGACUGGUGAAGUUCCUGUGCCAGUUACGCAGAAGCUUUGUAGAGGUGGAGAACAUGAAGCUUGUCAAAGUCCACGGAGGUACCACUGCAGAGAUGAUCUAUGCCAGGAUCAGAGAAGCAGAAGCCCUGGCUAAAGCCAACAAGGAGCAGCACGGGUUGGACACUGUCCUGUUUUUCGAUGAGGCCAACACGACAGAGGCCGUGAGCAGCAUCAAGGAGGUUCUGUGUGACCGCACGGUGCAGGGGAAGCCUUUGGCCUCCGGCUCUGGCUUGCGGAUCAUCGCAGCCUGCAACCCGUAUCGAAAGCACACGCCCAAGAUGAUCCAACGCCUGGAAUUAGCUGGGCUGGGCUACCGUGUCAAAGCAGAUGAGACCAAGGAUAAGCUCGGGUCUGUCCCUCUGAGGCAGCUCGUGUACCGGGUCCACGCGCUCCCGCCCAGCAUGAUCCCGUUAGUGUGGGAUUUCGGGCAGCUGAACAACCUGACGGAGAAGAUGUACAUCCAGCAGAUCGUGCAGAGGGUCGCAGAGCAGGUCCCCAUGGAGCAGGGUGAGGUGGAGGCAAUCACAGAGGUGCUCUUUGCCUCCCAGAAGUACAUGAGGCAGAGGGACGACGAGUGCAGCUUCGUCAGCCUGCGGGACGUGGAGCGCUGCAUGGAAGUUUUCAAGUGGUUUUACAGGCACAGUGAGCUGCUGCUGAGGGAGCUGGAGAAGUACCUGGCCGAGAAGAAAGCACCAAAGGGCAAUGUUGAGAGAAACAACACUAUCUGGUCCUUGGUGCUGGCAGUUGGGGUCUGCUAUCACGCCUCCUUGGAAAGGAAGGAGGCCUACAGGAGUGCUAUCAGCCAGGUCCUUCCAAAGCCUUAUGACACCCAGAAAAAGAUUUUGGAAGAAAUCUCCCUGAUGCAGGACUUAUUCCUGAGUGGUGUGCAGCUCCGGGAUACCAUAGCAAGAAACUUGGCCUUGAAGGAAAAUGUCUUUAUGAUGGUCAUCUGUAUUGAGCUAAAAAUCCCUCUUUUUCUCGUCGGGAAACCUGGGAGUUCCAAAUCCCUUGCGAAAACCAUCGUGGCCGACGCUAUGCAGGGCCAAGCAGCUCAUUCAGAUUUGUUCAAGGACCUGAAGCAGAUCCAUCUCGUGUCCUUUCAGUGCAGCCCCCUCUCCACUCCGGAGGGAAUCAUAGGCACUUUCAAGCACUGUGCUCGAUUCCAGGAAGGGAAGAACUUGGAUGAAUAUGUCUCCGUGGUGGUUUUGGAUGAGAUUGGGCUGGCAGAAGACUCUCCCAAAAUGCCCUUGAAGACUUUGCAUCCACUUUUGGAAGAUGGCUGCAUAGAUGAUGUCCCUCUUCCUCACAAGAAGGUUGGCUUCAUUGGGAUUUCCAACUGGGCCCUGGACCCUGCCAAGAUGAACCGAGGCAUCUUUGUGUCUCGUGGGGACCCCAGCAGAGAGGAGCUCAUCGAGAGCGCGAAGGGGAUUUGCUGCUCAUCGCGAGGGGCUUUGCAGAAGGUCGAGCCCUAUUUCCAUCCCUUUGCAGACGCAUAUGAAAAUAUUUGCAAGGCCCAAGACAGGGAGUUCUUUGGUCUCCGUGACUACUACAGCCUCAUAAAGAUGUUUUUCGCCUUGGCCAAGAACUCCAAGAGCGAGCCGACACCUCAGGACAUCGCCGAAGUGGUUCUUCGUAACUUCGGUGGCAAAGAUGAUGUCAAUGCCUUGGAAAUAUUCACCUCAAAGUUACCAGAGAAAGGAGAGAUACACGCUCAUGACAUCAGUAGGAUUGAGCUGGUCCGACAGAACAUUUGCAGCAGUGCUGAGGAUGGGGAUUGCAGGUACCUGCUUGUGUUGACUGAGAACUACGCGGCACUGCAGAUCCUCCAGCAAGCUUUCUUCACUGCCCGGCAGCAGCCAGAAAUUAUCUUUGGCUCCAGUUUCCCUAAAGACCAAGAAUAUACCCAGAUAUGCAGGAACAUCAACCGUGUGAAGGUCUGCAUGGAAACUGGCCAAAUGGUUGUGCUCCUCAACUUGCAAAACCUCUAUGAGAGCCUCUACGAUGCCCUCAACCAGUACUACGUGUACCUUGCUGGCCAGAAGUACGUGGAUUUGGGGCUGGGCACCCACCGGGUGAAGUGCCGCGUGCACCCCAAGUUCCGCUUGAUCGUCAUCGAGGAGAAGGACGUGGUGUACAAGCACUUCCCCAUUCCACUGAUCAACCGGCUGGAGAAGCACUACCUGGAUAUCAGCACCGUCCUGGACAAGGGGCAAAGAGAAACCGUGAAGGAGCUGCAGAAGUGGGUGCAGGAGUUCGCCGCGGUCAGUACGGAGGAGCACUUCCUGAGCCAGCAGCGGUACCGCCCGGCCGACGUGUUCGUGGGCUACCAGCCCAGCACCUGCGCCUCGGUGGUGCUGCAGACCACGGAGAGGCUGCGGGCACAGUGUCCUCCCGGGGAGCUCCAGGCCCGGGUGAAGAGGGAGGCCCAGCUGGCCCUGCUGAACUGUGCCACCCCCGACGCCGUCAUCCGCCUCUGCAGCUCCGUGGGGAUGUUCAUGGCAGAUUCCUUGGCCAAAACGUACUUCAGGCAGCAGCAGCACACGUCCUUUGCAGACUUUCUCCGUGCUCAUGUCCACCAGGGGUCUGGGUCCCAAACAGCCUUCACAGAGGUCACCACCUUCUCCCGGCUGCUCACCAGCACCGACGCUGCCUGCCUGGAGAGGGAGGUGCAGGGGAAAGCCCAAAGGCCCCAGAUCCUGUUCCUGCAGCAGUUUGACACGGAGUACUCCUUCCUGAGGAGCAUCAGGGAUUUCCUGGAUGCCACUUCAGGAAAUAAAGUCCUUAUUAUUCAGACAGACUUUGAAGAUGGCUCUCAAGAUGCCCAGCUUGUCGCCUCUGCCAAAUACACCGUCGUCAAUGAGAUCAACAAGGGGGACCUGGGAGACGUCUCUGUCUUUGUUUACUUUAUCAUGAAGCUUUCCCGGCUGGAAGGAGGAACGUCCUACGUGGGAUUCCAUGGAGGCCUGUGGCAGUCAGUGCACAUCGACGACCUGCGCAGAUCCAAGGACAUGGUCUCGGACAUGACGGCCCUGCAGAACCUCACCAUCGGCCAGGUGUUCUCUGAGGGCUCGGCCAAAACCAAAGUUGCAGCUCUGCCUGUGAAUGGAGAAGCACAGGAGGAAGAGAUGGAGGUUGAAAUGCCAGUGUCAGAAGCAGAGCACUAUGAGGGUGAGGUCCUGGACACCACCGUGCUCCUGAGGACCUGUGUGCAGAGUGCUGUGGGGAUGCUGCGGGACCAGAACGAGGACCUGAGUCGGAGCAGGAAGCGCAUUAAGAUUCUCCUCGGCCUCCUCUCCAAGGAGGAUGACUUGAAAGCCUCUUUCCUGAAGAUAACAAAGGCUCGUCUCUCCAGCCUUCUGAAGAAGCAAGAAGAAAAUUCCCUUCACCCAAAAAACUGGGUUCUUCGGGAGGCUUCCAACCUCAGUGCUCUCCAGGAGGGAGGAACCUUCAGGCACACCCUGUGGAAGCGAGUCCAGAAGGUGAUCACUCCAUUCCUGGCUCUCCUGAUUUCUGUCAUAGACAGGGAUGGCAACCUGGAGCUGUUGGCCAGACCAGCAGCAAAGUGGGUGACAAACCUGUGGAUGUUCAUCUUCAGUGAUACCAAACUCCUGACUGUGCCCUCUGGGGUGGGGAAGAACAGCUCUCAGCCAGAGAUAAUUCUGGUGCAGAACAACAUGGUGGUGUCUGCUGAUGCUGGGAAUGAGAUGCCCUUCAGCUGGAGGAUAAAGGAGUACCUGGAUGAGAUGUGGUUGGAAGCUCAAUACAUCCAAAACACUGAAGACCAUGCUGAGAAGUUUGUGGAUAUCUUCCAGAAAACUGCCCUGGGAAAAUUUAUCUCUGCUCUGCCUGAGGAAGACAGGCAGAUGCUCUUCCAGUGCUACAUCACAGACUUUAUUUUCCUGACCAUCAAUGUGUCCUCCCAAGUGGAGCUGCAGUGCCUGCGCUCCGCGUUCGUGUCCUGCGUGGCCGAGUGGGCGGCCGCGUCCCCCCGGGGAGAGGAGCCCGUGCCCGCCCUGCCCUGGGUCCACCUGGCAUACAACCAGUUCAGGAGCCGCCUGCAGAACCUCUCCAGGAUCCUGGCUGUGAACCCCCGUGUGGUUGUCUACCUCAUCAACCAGGAAGGAUGUGGAAUUCCACACUCAGAGAUGGUUUUGGACGUGUUGGCUGCACUGGUGUGUGCUGAAGAGCUGGAGAACCAGGUGCUGACAUCCCCCCCAGAGGUCUGGCUGCAGAGAGUGAGGAACCUUCAGAUGCCCGUUGAAUUUCUGUGUAAAGAGAAGGAUGCACAGCGGGGUGGGAGUCGGUGCCAUCAGCUGCUGAGGGAACUCAGAGUGUGCUGGAACCGGGUGUUUGCCAUGGCUCUGUUUGUGGAACACGUGUUGUUUGGCAUCAACACCGUGAUGCCAGAAUUCGAGAUUUUAGUGAAAAAAUACACUGUGCGUCUUGCCAAGUGUUUCCAGCACGGUUCGGACAUGAAGACUCAUCCAACUUUUCUUGCAGUGAUGACAGUGCUGUGGGAGUGUAAGGACGAGGUCAGCAGCAGGCUCUACAGAUACGGUCUGAAGCCGUGUCCCAUCUGCCUGGGAGAGCUGAAGGAUCCCAUCUGCCUGCCUUGCAACCACGUGUUCUGCCACAAGUGCAUCAGCACGUGGCUGGUGCCAGCACAGAUGCACUGUCCAUGCUGCAGAGUCGCUGUGGGGGAUGUGGAGUUAACUGUCUCCAAGGAGAUCAGAGAUGCCAUAGCAAGGAAUGCCCUGUUCCGGCAGAGGUGCAACAAUUUCUUCAUAGAUGUUGUCACUACCAUGUGCUUCAAGGACAAUGAACCCCCUGACUCGAAGGUGAUCCAGAGGCUCCUUGAUCUGCUGUUUGUUCACAGAAGCCUCCUGAAAGAUUCAGAUCACCCUGCUGUCUACACAAAAUUCCUGUCCCCAUUCAAUGAUGAGGUGGAUGAAACUCCCAUCAUCCGCUCAGUGAUGCUGAAGCUGCUCUUGAAGUACAGCUUCAAUGAAGUGAAAGAUGAUGUGCAGCACUACCUGUCCCAGGUGGAGCACAGCGAGCUCCUAGAGAAAAAUGACAAAAAGGAGCUCUACUUACUUUUUGUCAACUGCAUAGAGGAUUCCCUGUGUGAAAAGUCUGAGGACAGCCUUGGAUAUGAGCAUAUAAACAAUCUGCUUGGAAGUGGAGGCUUUCCAGAGAACUAUCUCCCAGGGAGCAACCGAGAGACUCCUCAGGAAUCAUCCGUGGAAUACCUGCAGGCAGUGGCCAAGGUUCGCCUGUACCUCAGCAAGGCUGCAGAGCUCAUCUCUGACUUGCAGCAGCACACACAGCAAGACCAGGCAGAGGAGAAGCAGCGUUACCUGGCAGGUGUGAGGCAGUUCUGCAGCCUCACUGGGAACGACUGGCAUCGUGUGUACCUGGUCCGCAGGGUUGCCAGUCAGUAUGGGAUGGAGUUUGCUCAGAAGCUUGUCACAGAGCCACAGUUCCAGUGGGUGUUCCCAGCGGAAAUUCUGCGACAGGUCCAGAGCAGCCAGGCCAACCCCAUCGACCGGUACCUGGCGUGUGGGGAGAGGUACCGGGCCCUGCGCGACGCCGUGGGACGGGCCAUGGUGGAGGGCACUGCUGAGGGGCUCCUCGAGGCAGAGAAGGCUUCCAGCAGCUCCCCAGCUGUGGAAUCAGUCCACCUGCUCCUGGCCAUUUUCCGGGAGGUCACUGCCCUGUAUGGCGCCAGGGACCCGAGCCUUCAUCCCAAGCAGCAGCAAACGGCCACGAUGACUCAGUUCAUCCAGAACUCCCAAGUCCUGAAUUCUCCAGAGCUGCAGCACUUUGCAGCUGCCCUUGUGGGGAAUGCCCUGCCAGCCCUGAGCGUGGACCCCCAGAGCUCCAGCCAGCACAGGGCACUGGUUGAGGUGGCCGUUCACACCACUGCUGUGCUGCUGUGUGGGCACAGCCCCGUCCUGCAGCCCCUCAGGAACCUGGCCUUCCAGCCACGCACCAUGGAGCACUCGUUCCUACCCACAAUGCCAGAGGACAUCAUGGCUCAGGCGAGGGCCUGGGAAGGAGUGGCCGCUCUGCGCUGGUACACAUGUCCCAAUGGCCACCCCUGCACUGUGGGAGAGUGUGGCCGCCCCGUGGAGGUCGGCCGCUGUCUGGAAUGCCACCUCCCCAUCGGAGGUUUCCGUUACACACCCGUGCCGGGCUUCACGGAAUUCCGGAAUAAUGAAGACAGAACUCAAACUGGCCACAUUCUUGGAGAUGUUGAGCACAGAAGAACACUGGGAGUGUCUGACCGGGGCAUGUCCCCCGUUGUCUUUGUCCUGAUCCGCUCGCUCACACACCUGUCGAUGCUGCUGGGAGCCACAAAAGACCCUCAGUCCUUGGGAAGGAUCAUCAAGCCGCGGGUGCGCGACGCCGUGAGCUUCCUGCAGGAGCACGUCCAGGAGGACUUGGAACAGCUGACAAAAAUUUUGGGGAAGAGUGUGGAUGAGACUAUCAACACCCUUCAUCUUGUGCUCAGCAGACUCCUCCAGGACCCCCCUCAGCAGCCAGGCCAGUGGCCAGUGCGGUUCGAUGCUGUUCUCUCUACCAAGGAGAAGAGAAACAAAUGGGAAGAAAUUGUUGCAAACACAAUUAUUGUUCCUGAAUUGAAGGAUUUGGAUAAAAAUCUUCUGAAGUUAAACCAACAGAUACAAGAGGAUGAGAGAAUUUCUUCCAAUCCCAUUGUGAAAAUAGUGUAUGGUGACCCAGCUGCAUUCCUGUCCCAGCUGCCAAAGAACAGUCACAUACAUCACUCCAAGAUGUGGAGCUGCAGGAAGAGGAUUUCAGUGGAGAACCUGGGCCAUGUUGUCCAGCAAAAGAAUGCCAGGGACACUGUCCCUCUCCUUUGGAAGUUCCUGCAGAAGGAAACUGAACUGAGACUGGUGAAAUUCCUGCCAGAGAUUCUGGCUCUGCAGAGGGACUUGGUGAGGCGAUUCCAGAACACUGCUGAGAUCAAACGCUGCUCCAUCAGGGAAUUCCUCAGAGAACCCCUCUCAGAUGUGAUGAGGGACCUGUUACAGAGGAGAGUGAAUGUGUUUCUGUCUGUCUGGAACAAGCUGAGAAGCUCUCUGGGCACCAAUGGAGAAAUUAAGCUCCCUAAAGGCUACUGUGAUGCUGACCUGACCUUGGACAGCAAGCUCGAGGUCCUUCUGCCCCGGCGGCAGGGGCUGGGCCUCUGCUCCACCGCCCUGGCCAGUUACCUCAUCGGUCUGCACAACGACUUCAUCCACUCAGUGAACAAACACAUCAAGGAAGAUGACAGGUACGUGAUCAGCCCGUCGGAAGUGGCUGACCUGCAUCUCAUCAGUUACGAGGUGGAGAGAGACCUGAUUCCUCUGAUCCUGUCCAACUGCCAGUACAGCAUGGAAAAGGGAGGGGAGACACUGCAGGACUUUGAUCUGGAGAAGAUCCAGCAGCAAGUCAUCAGCAAGUUCCUGCAGGGGAAGCCGCUCAUCACGCUGACGGGAAUCCCUACCCUCGUGUGCAGACAUGACCGGAACUAUGAGCAGCUCUUUACUGAUGUCAGGAAUAAGCUGGAGCAGAGUGCUCUGCCCAGUUCUGCGAUGAACAUGAUCAGUGGGGAGCUGCAGUCCUACAGUGAUGUCUGUGAUGCUCUGUCCCUCACUGAAAUCACCCUGGGCUUCCUGGCCAUGGCUGGGGAGAAUGCUGAGAUGCCACUGACUGACUAUAUUGAACAAGUUCUGCAGAUGGGGGACCAGACAAACCCUCACGUUCUGCAGGCCCUCAGACGAUGCCACCUCAAACACAGCAUAGCCCUGUGGCAGCUCCUCUCCACCCGCAAAUCUGAGCAGCUGCUGCGCCUCAGAAGGGAUCCUUUUGCAGACGUCAGUCAAGACUACAAAGCUGAGCUCAGUCCAGAGAUUGCCAAGCUCCUCCACACCUUCCUCGUCCACUCGAGGCUGGAAACCUUCCUGCAGGAGCUCCAUGAAAUGAUUGUCUUGAAGCUGAGACGUGCCCAAGCUGUAGAUGAAUUCAGACCCAAGUGGAGCCUGAAGGAAUCGCUCCUGCCUUACCUUGAUGCCAAAGACUCUGAAUUAGCUACAGAGCUGCAAGAGACAUUCCCAGAUGAGAUUCUUCUCUCUCAUGCAGUUGCUACCUGGAAAGCAGCUGCUCUUUUCAAACGAGAGCGCAGGGAAAGUUAGGAACAGGCCACUGCCAGGAAUGUUGGUGCCACAACAGCCGGGAGUGGCGAUUUGGGAAUGGUGGGGGGUUUGUUUUGGGUUUGUUGAUUUGCUUUUUGGGUUUGGGGUUGUUGUUUUUUACUAACUUCAGUAGCAAACACAUGAUGGGGAGCUGCUUCUGUGCAGCAGGAAGAGGAAACAGAACCAGCAGCUGAGUGUGAAUUGUGGACAACCACAACCCCAGACCCACCUGAGGAAGAUGAAGUAUUUUUUUAUGAACCACUGUGCCCUGGUGCUGGGAAAAGGGAUUUAUUUUUUCAGUCUGCAUUUCUCCCGACACUGGGUUGUCAGCAGGAUGCAGAACCAGCUCCUUCUCCCACCUCCCCCUUCCUGCCCAGGUACCUGCUGCUCCCCCCUCCUCGCUCUGUGCCACAGCGGGGCUGGACUGUGAAGGAGAAAUGGAACCAUGAAGGAAGUGGCUGCUUUACUGCCUUAACCCGGCAGCCCCUGCCUGCCACCGCCUUGUCCCGGGGCCGGGCCCCGCUGCCCCUGCCCCAAUAAAGCUUGUUUAG